AAUGGGAAGGGUCUCCAACUCUUGUCUCCACUAGUGCGCCUCCUCCUCCGCCUGCUACAGCUGUCCGCCACACUGAAACAUUAGGGUAGUGGGUGAGGCUGAGCAAACCAGCCCGUACACGAACAAGCGACCUGUUGAUGGUGGCGGUCAGACGGCCUCUUGAACUCAUUGCCACCUUGACCUGGUUUCAGGUCUUCUUUAAGACGUCGAGCAGAGGUUGAGAAAGAAGCACAUCACCACCUUGUGAAAUCUAAACCCUGACUUACUGAAAACCCAACUUCUCCGCCUCUCGCCCUGCUCUGCACCACAAUGCCGGGAGCCAUGGAUCGUAUGGAGCUAAAGAAAGUCUCCACAGAGGGUGAUGAUGACAGCACAGACAGCCUGGACGACCGCUUCACAGAACCCAUCGACUCUGAGAAGGCCACCAUUGACAGCCAGUUUAUGGAUGACAAUGAUGAUGGAGAAAGCCAGAAGUUCCUAUCAAAUGGAAUAAUGAAGAAGAAGAAAUAUGAGGAAUACCAUGAAGAAUAUCAUCCUGGCCACACCUCCUUUGGGAUGUCUGUCUUCAACUUGAGCAACGCCAUCAUGGGCAGUGGCAUCCUGGGCCUGUCUUUCGCCAUGGCAAACACCGGCAUCGUGCUAUUUACAGUCCUCCUCGUGGCUGUGGCCAUCCUCUCCUUAUAUUCUGUGCAUCUGCUUCUUGUGACAGCUAAAGAAGGAGGAUCUCUUAUCUAUGAAAAGCUGGGAGAGAGAGCAUUUGGUUGGCCUGGGAAAAUGGCAGCGUUCGGAUCCAUUAUUAUGCAGAAUAUCGGAGCUAUGUCCAGCUACCUCUUUAUCGUGAAGUACGAGCUGCCUGAAGUGAUCCGCGCGUUCCUGGGUUUGGAGGAAAUCUCUGGUGAAUGGUACCUGAAUGGGAACUACCUGGUGGUGUUUGUGUCAAUCGGAGUAAUUCUGCCUUUGUCUCUCCUCAAAAAUCUUGGCUACCUGGGCUACACUAGCGGCUUUUCCCUUUCCUGCAUGGUCUUCUUCCUGGGUGUGGUGAUCUACAAGAAGACCAUUCUGUCCUGCCCUCUUCCAUUCUUUUACCACAAUUCAGCCAACCUCAGCAUGAACGCCUCGCAUAUGCCGGGGUUGUACCCACCCCUGAAUAGCUCAGCACAAAUGGAUUUCUCCCGAGCCGACGUUUCCCCGGCAGUGCUUGGCAGCCAUGACGCCCAUCACUCCACUGGCGUCCAUGUGGAGCCUCACCCCGACGAUGAGGAGAUGUGCACACCCAAAUACUUUGUCUUCAACUCUCAGACAGCGUACACUGUGCCCAUCCUUGCCUUCGCCUUUGUCUGCCAUCCUGAGGUCCUGCCCAUCUACAGUGAGCUGAAAGACCGCUCCCGGAAGAAGAUGCAGAACGUCUCCAACUUGUCCAUCUUGACUAUGCUCAUCAUGUACAUGCUGUCAGCGCUGUUUGGCUACCUCACCUUUUAUGACAACGUGGAGGCAGAGUUGCUCCACACCUUCACCAAGGUGUAUAAAUUUGACACCAUGUUGCUGCUGGUGCGUUUGGCUGUUCUCACUGCCGUCACCCUGACUGUCCCCAUCGUCCUGUUCCCUAUCCGCUCCUCCAUCACCACGCUGCUGUUCAGCGGUCGAGAGUUCAGCUGGACUCGCCACAUGCUGAUUGCCGCCUCCAUCUUGGCAUUCAACAACAUGCUGGUCAUCUUCGUCCCCACCAUCAGGGACAUCUUCGGCUUCAUUGGUUCCUCUGCGGCCACUAUGCUCAUCUUUAUCCUACCUGCUGCCUUUUACCUCCGCUUGGUAAAAUCUCUCCCAUUCCGCUCCCCACAGAAGAUCGGGGCGUUCAUCUUCCUAGUCGUGGGAAUCAUCUUCAUGAUUGGCAGCUUGUCACUCAUCGCCCUCGACUGGGUCCACAACCCCCCGGGCUCCAGCAGUGGUCACUAAGCCCCCUCUUCCAUCCUCAGAUUCACAUUUACGAGUGCAGCGAACCACCUCUACAGCCACCCCCCACCCCAUCCCACCAUGUCUCUUCUGGUUUGUCUCUGCUGGUCCAGCAUUUGGGAGCAGGGUUCAUCUACGGUUCCCUCCCCUCAAUGAAAUCACAAAUAUCAAUCAGAUAACCUCAGCAUACGGGCAUAAUGUGCUGCACCUGGUUCAGACAUCUUCAGUUCACCCCCCCAGAGAAUAUCAAUGGAGGGGGAUUUUUUUGUUUGAUUUCUUUCUUUCGUUCUUUCUUUUUUUGCUCUGGAUGUGACACGAGAGAAUCAAAACUUGGAGAGGGGAAAACAGACUCUGGUUAAAUGUGCCACCAAGACAGCCUGAAAUCAUCGUCAUCUUCCUUAUUAUUUCCAGCUAUGAAGAGACGGAACAUACUGCGCAGCCCUCGCCUGCAGCAGAUAUGUGAACUGCGAUUUGCAGGGCUGGAAAGACGAUGCAAGUCCCUCAGUUCUCUGUGCACUUGAAGGAGACAUUUGGAGGGGGAGUGUGUCAUCCUCUAUGAAACAAGGAGCACUUCUAGCAUUACUUUUGACUUUGUGUAUAGAGCUAACACACACACACACACACAUACACACACGUAGACAUAGUAAAACACAUCUACACCUGUAUUUUCAAGCGACUAUCCAUGAAAAAUUCCUGAAAUUAACCAGGCAGUCGACUCGUCUCAAAACAGCGGUUCAUCAAAAAUUUAAUUCAACUACGUAGAACUUUUAUUCAGGAAAAAUGCUGCUCAGCUACAUGGUAACAAUCAGAAGCCUCGCCAAAGUCUACAUGCACAUAAAGUUUUUAAGUCAAUCAGGUUCAUGCACACUCUUAAGGGUCUUCCUUGCCGGCUGUUUUUAUCCUGGCUGUGUAUACGAAGCAAGAAGGUGCUUCCAGUAUUACUGUCACAGAGGGAUCUGAACAUGCAAGGUAUCAUUUUACAUAACUAAGUGUGUCUACUGAAAAAAAAGAGUGUUGUACAAAAUAUCAUACUUUGCUUCAUACCAUUUAGGUUGUAUGAAGCUAAGUGAUUAUUUCCAACAUGCAGUACAUACACCUGCUGGAGUAAUUUACUAGGCUCUUUAAUAGCGACUGGACAGCUAGGUGUAUUUAAAACCAUUUGUUGUUAUUUUUAUAGAUACUUGACAAAAAUGUGUAUGAAAAACAGUUUAAAAUAUGCAGUUGCAACUGCGCAAGGAAAAACAAUUCAACCAAAAGAGCCAAACAUGAAAUAAUCCAUUUUAAAAUGAGUUUAGAAAUUUAAGAUAUUAAGGUUGUCAUAUAUUUUCAACUUGUGCCAAAUUAUUCUCACCAACACUGUUAGAAAACCCACAUUUUCCUCAAAAGGUAAUUUCGGAAUGGCCUUAGUUCUAUUUUUCAACUUGAUUAUUUGCUAUUCAGCUUAAAAGAAGUUUGACAUUUUGGAAAACAUUCUUAUUCACUUCCUUGCCAUUUUAAUGCUAAAUAUGAAGCUAACGUAACAGCCAGCAGGCUAUUAGCCUGGCAUAAAGACUAAAGAUAAAGGAAAACUGACGGCUAAAUCCUCAUAGAACCACAACUUGACGUUUUUACAUUUUGGUUUCCAAAGUCAACUUAAGAGAUAUAAUGUUUCAACUGAAAAGAUUUAUAGUUGCUAGUUAGCAGAUUUUAACUUUGAACUGAGCAAGGCUAGCUGCUUCUCUGUGCUAAGUUUAGUUAACAGUCUCCUGAUGCUAGCUUCAUCUUUAGCAUACAGACAUGGAAGUGGUCUCGCCAGCAGCAAAUAGGUUUUAUUUUUCAAAAAAAAAUUCAAAGUUUUCCUUUUAAGAGUAGAGAUUUGGGAGAAGCUGGAUGAUAAACAGUAUCACACACAUCAUGACACUUGCUGUAACGUAGGAGCUAGCGUAAAUAUUGAUACAUUAACUUGCAGAGAAUGUGACCCAUUUAAAAAGUCUAAGACUGUUAACCAAGCUCAAUCAUGUAUUUAACUAAAAUCCUAAAAAUUCUGCCUAUAAACGAUCAAAGUUCACCAAAAAAUAUGUUUAGUUUUACUGUACUAGUGUGUUUGGGUCACUUCAUCUGCUUGAUUGACAAGAUAGUUCAUUUAUUAAUCUCAGUGGAUUGAUUAUCAGGUAGUAACAUAGUUUCGCUCUGUAGUUACACACUCAGUCAAUAAUCUGAUUAAACUCCUGACAGGAAUAUUCUUUGAAAUGGUGCCUUUGGAUUGUACAUGUUAUAAUUGGCUUAUACCGGUGCCUUUGGUAGAAUCAUUGACAACAACACCCAAACCUCAUUUCACCUCUUCUCCGAAGCUGUUACGUGUCACGAACACAUCCAGCCAAAGUGGACAACAUUUAUAGAUCCUUUGCGGAUCUAUGUACAUGAAACAAAUUGAUAUUUCAAAUGAAAUAGUGUAUUAUGUGCAUGUUUUUGGAUUACAACAUGGUCUUUUUGGACAAUUGUAUAUGCUCUGUAAAUAAUCUUUAUUUUAUGGUACACUGACACACAUUGUCUGUGACUGGGUUGUUGGGGGAUUCUGCCUUACAAGACUUCUGCAAUCCAGUGUUUGUUUUAGUAUAUAUAUAUAUAAAUAUUAUAUCGUGUAUUAGAUCUUUUUUUUUUCUCUUGCUGUAUGACAGUAGGUUUUUUUUCCUUUAUUUCAAGCUUGUAUAUUUGUAGAAAAUUUGCUCUCUAUAUAUCCAUUUUCAUGUUUUAAUGUUAACUCAUCAUAUCAGGAUGAAUUAAUCAAUGGCCUACUUUGUAACACGGUUUUCCCAGAGUCUCAGAAACGAGGCAACAAGUUUCUAGCUAAUUGGGUUCUGCUGACCAACACUGGGUUGAAAUUAAAGCCAGAAGUAAGCAGUAUUGAUGUUGAAUGUGCUUUUCAGAAAACAGUGCUGUAACACUUAACAGAAGCAAGAAAAGAUCAUCCGAAGUAUUUCGUGACCACACUACAGGAAGGUUCUUACAGCUCAAGGCUCUUCUGCCAUUUAUCACAUGGCAUAGCACAUAUGCUAACAUGUAGCGAUAUACCUAAGCUAACAUGUAGCUGUACACCUCUACCACAGGAUAACAAAACGCACAAGAACCUUCCAAGUUUGCCAGUUCUUGAACCUCUAACAGGACAAUCGUACACAGUUGUAGUUUAUACCUUACUGUGGCUUAUAAUUUAGAUCCCUGCUGUCAUAAAGAAAACCUUUUCAUACCCACCUCUGGGGAGGUUUUAUUUCCAUGACAUUACUUGAACUGAAGCUUUCCACGGCCUGAUAAAGUCAGCUAGCUUCAUGACUGUAGGGUCUAUGCAGCCCCUUCAGUACCCGCUAUGAAUGUUCAAUAAUGGAUUGUUCUCUGUUGAAAAUCUGGCUCACCCGCUCUUAAUUUCUUCACGAAUGUUUGGUUGUAACUUCAUUAGCCUCCUGCCGUCAGUGGCUACUCUGCCAGUCUACAGCUUCGUCUCUUCCUCAGGUUGGCUUUUGUCUUUUUGAAUGGCAAAUUGUGCAGAGGGCGAAAAGCGGCAGGUUUUUAAUAGAAUGCUCCCAACACCACACCUCUACCCCCUUUAGUAUCUCAGGUAUUUGGGCUGGAUUAAUAUUUCUUCUCACUUUUUGGACAACUUCAUAUCUCUUCACUUGUUUUGCAUGAUUGAGCCAAGUUGUACAAUGCUGUUGUAUAUUGUGCAGGCCUAGAUGAGAAGUUGUCUCGUGGAUAUGUAAAAGCAGACAAGUCCCCAGCUAAUUUUGACAGUGUUUAGAAAGGAGUUGUACAGAACCUGCCUUAUUUUUCUAUGGACCUCUAGCCGCGGAGAAGCACUGGCUCAAUGUUUCUGCUGUUCACAGUGUCUGCUUCCUGUGGAUCAGGCCGAACAUUCAGAUUUGUAAUUUUACCCAAACAAAGGGGAUGUUUUUUUGUAUCAGUGAUGCUGUUUCACUAUGAUGAACAAUAAAAAUGUGAAACAAAGAA